CCGGACGGAGCGGGCGCGGAACCGGGGGGGGCCCGGCGGGGCCGCGGCCAUGGCCGAGCCCGGAGACGCGCUGGGGCCGCUGAAAACCGAACCGCAGCCCCCGGAAAAGCGGCGGAGGACGAUCGAGGACUUCAAUAAGUUCUGCAGCUUCGUGCUGGCCUACGCCGGGUACAUCCCGGCGGCCGCCGAGGACCCCUCCUGGCCCUCAUCCAGCCCCAGCUCGCCCCGAGCCCCCGGAGGGGACGCGUGGGGCUCGGCUCCGGCCGCUCUCCGCACCAUCGAGACCUUCGUCCGCAAAGCCAAAUCGUCCAAGAAGCGCGCCCUGGCGCCGCCCGAGGCCAACAUCCUGGACAAGAUGCGCCUCAAGGACUCCCUGUUCGACAUCCCCGCCCCCCAGAACCCGGCACCGCCGCCCCAAAAGCGCCGCGAGCGCCGCAACCGCCGGGGGGACGCGGGGCUCGGGGGGGGCUCGCGGGGCGGCCGCGACAAUUCGCGGAUCCGCGUGAAGAAAAGCAAAAAGCGGCGCUGGAAAAAAGGGGAGAGGGGAGUGCUGGGGAGGGGCUCGCCCAGCGAGGAGACGGAUUCCGAGGAGGAGCCGCCCUCGCCGCCCCCACCGCCGCCCCCACCGCCGCCCCUGCCCCCCGAGGGGGGGAAAUUGGGGGUGGGCAAGGAGGGGGGGAGCACCGAGACCAGCAGGGACGGAGACGGCAGCGACAGCGAGGGAGACGCCAGGGUCAUGGAUGAGGAUAUCAUGGUGGAGUCGGGUGAUGACUCGUGGGAUUUGAUCACCUGCUACUGCCAAAAGCCCUUUGCCGGCCGGCCCAUGAUCGAGUGCAGCCAGUGCGGCACCUGGAUCCACCUGUCGUGCGCCAAGGUGAAGAAGAACAACGUCCCCGACGUCUUUUAUUGCCAAAAAUGCCGCGAGGGGCCGCGCCGGGCCGGCCCCGCCGCGCCGCGCGCCAACGCCGAGCCCUGAGCCCCCCCCGGGGAGGGGGUGCCCCAAGUCCCCAACUGGGGGUGCCCCAAAUCCCCAACUUGGGGUGCCCCAAAUCCCCACUUUGGGGUCUGACCCUCCCUGGAACUCUGGGGUUUGGGGGCUGGGAGCUGCUCCCAAAAAAGAGAAGUUGGGGUUUGUGCCGGUCCCAAAAUUUGAGAUUUUGGGGGUUGGAACCUCGCCCCAAAAAUGUAAAGUUUGGGGUUGGAACCUCUCCCUAAAAUUGUGAGGUUUUAGGGGUGGGAAGGUGCCCAGAAUUUCAGAUUUGGGGGUGGGAAGUGCCCAAAAUUUGAGAUUUUGGGGUGGGAAGAACCCAGAAUUUGAGAUUUUGGGAAUGAGAAGGUGCCCAGAAUUAGAUUUUGGAGGUUGGAACCUUGCCCCAAAAAUAUAAAGUUUGGGGUUGGACCCUCUCCCUGAAAUUGUGAGGUUUUGGAGGUUGGAAGGUGCCCAAAAUUUGAAAUUUUGGGGUUGUGAUCUCUCUUGAAAUUCAGAGGUUUGGGGUUUGGAACUUACUCCCAAAAUUGUGAAGAUUUGGGGGUUGGAAGGUGCCCAAAAAUUGAGAUUUUGGGGGUUGGAACCUCCCUCCA